AUGACUGUGGAGGACUAUGAGGCUGAGUUUGAUUGGUUGUCCCGUUUUGCACCAUCUCUUGUCCAAGACCCUAAAUAUAGGAUGAGUAGAUUUGAGGAAGGACUGAGGCCUCGCCUGCGUCAGGGUUUACCUGCUGUUCACUCGACUGAUUAUGAUGACCUAGUUGACAGAGCUAAAAAUAUGGAGAUCAUCUGGAAGGAGACACAGGAUGCUCAGAAAGGGAAGUCGAAGAGGACCAGGGACUUUGAUUCUGACGGUGAGCGGCAUCUGCGCCGACCUAUGCAGUUCCGUCCAGGAGCAGGGCAGCGAGUUCCACAUGGGAGGACUGCACCGGAUCGCAGGGGGAUAGCAGGAGUGUGCUUCAGGUGUGGCCAGACUGGACAUAGAGCUGUUGAGUGUCUUCAGACACGGCCUGGUAUUGGGGCAUGUUUCAGGUGUGGUCAGCAGGGCCACCGGAUAGCUGAGUGCCCUCAGACUCAGACUUUUUCUGGAGUUUGUUUCGGGUGUGGUCAGCCGGGUCACAGGAUUUCCAGUUGUCCUCGUACUAGAUCUGCGCAGAGGCCACCGAGUUCUGUAGCUCCUCAACGACAGACUUUCUUCACUCCAGUACAGGCUACCCAAUCAGCUGUCCCCAGGCAGCAAAGGGGAGGAGGAUCUCGUACCCAGGGACGAGUUUAUGCGCUGACUCAGCAGGAUGCUCAGGCAUCCAACACUAUAGUGUCAGGUACACUGUUGAUAUCUUCCACUUAUGCUUAUGUGUUAUUUGAUUCUGGUGCUAUGCAUUCUUUUAUCUCAUCUUCAUAUGUGCAUAAGUGCGAUUUACACUACUCUUCCUUAGAGAGGGAAUUAUACAUUAGUACUCCAGCUGGGGGUACAAUGACAGUUAGUCAGAUCUGCAUUUCCUGUCCAAUACUAGUUGAGGGUAGAGAUUUGAGAGCUAAUUUGAUUAUUAUGAAUCUGCAUGAUUUUGAUGUAAUCUUGGGUAUAGAUUGGUUGGCUGCAUACCACGCUACCAUAGACUGUUUUCUGAAGAGGGUGACCUUCCGGAUCCCGGAUAUUGAUGAGUUCAGUUUUAUGGGUGAUGACUGGGGUGUCUCUUCUCAGGUAGUGUCUGCUAUGCAGGGCAUAAGAUCUCUUAGAAAGGAGUUUCCCAUCUUUAUGGCCGCAAUUGCAGAUUCUGAACAAUCUGAACAGAGAAUUGAAGAUAUACCAGUAGUCAGUGAGUACCCUGAUGUCUUUCCUGAUGAUUUGCCUGGCUUACCUCCUGAUAGAGAUGUCGAGUUUGCUAUUGAUAUAAUCCCUGGUACUGCACCUUUGUCUAAAGCUCCUUAUAGAAUGGCCCCUGCUGAACUAAAGGAGCUGAAGGACCAAUUAUAG